CUGCAGCGCACCAGCAAUACCUAAAGUCCCUGCUGUAGCCGUGCUCGCUCUUGCUGCGCAUCCCCACUGCGGCGGCGGCUCUCUUGUUCCCUCCUCUUUUUACGCAACUCUCUCCACUUCUUUGUCUGGCUGGCUUCUCUCGCUACCAGAGGUCUGUGCUUGCUUCUCUUCCUCUUCCUCGUCUUCUUCUACACCAAACCACGUCUCUCAAUCUACAGACUGUGGAAGAACAUCUCCUGCUGGUCGCCUGCCUCGACCCAAUUCUUCAUCUUUGAGUCUCGGCCUUUUUUCCUCUUUCGGUGCAGGCACCGCCCCUCGUCUCUCUGCACCUAUAUCCUCGCGUACCCAGAGAAACGUCGCUGCUCGGUUCAGUGGAAUACCCGCCGUUUCAGUCUUGCAGCAACCUCAAUCUCCUUUGGCCUAUUCUUCUCUACGCUGAAUUGAUAGCCAACGUAUACUCUUCGCAUCGUAUUUGUGCUUUGCGUUGUUGUCUCGGAGCCUCGCCAUCCAAACCGUCAUUGCGAAACACGGCCCCCCUCCUAACCCCGCCAUCCUCUACAAAAUUUUGUCAAAGCCGCCUCGUGCGCUCCCUUGCGUCUACAGCCUCGGCAACGAACUGAAACUCUACAGCGAGAGAAGUGUCCCAAUCUCAUCUCUUCACUUACAAUGAGCGCUACAACAAGCCCACUCCCGGCCCAAGCGUCGGACGACAAGGGCAUCAAGAUGGCCCAACAGCAGCGCAAUGGCAACAGCACGCCCAACAUGAAUGGUCCGCUGUAUAUGCAGACUUCGGGAAGCAAUGUCGUUCUAGUGCGAAGAGUCAAACGCAAAGAGGAAUCAACUUGGAGACUUCUCGCUAGGUGGUUUGUUGAGAAUCAAAUCGGUUUGUCCGUUAAUCUCAUCGCCCUUCUCUUCCUCGCCCAUGCCUGCAUUCCCAAGGCUCGCGAACAUACACGCAAGUUCUUCCAGCUGUCCUACUUUAACGCUACAACGGGCAAGUACGCCAUUGGAUUCGACGACGUAUACGCCAUCGCCUUCUGCAUCAUCGCCUUCACCGGUCUUAGAGCCGGUACCAUGGAAUACCUUCUCGCUCCUCUUGGCAAGACGCAAGGCAUUACAAAGCGCAAAGACCUUACCCGCUUCAGCGAGCAAGGCUGGCUCUUUGUAUACUACUGCGUAUUCUGGACCAUGGGUGUUUACAUCUACUACAACUCGCCCUACUUUCUCAACCUCCGUGAGCUCUGGGGUGAUUGGCCAAACCGCGAAAUGGAUGGCCUCAUGAAGGGCUACGUUCUAGCACAGUGGGCAUUUUGGCUCCAGCAGAUCCUUGUCAUCAACAUUGAGGAACGCCGCAAGGACCACUGGCAGAUGUUCAGUCACCACAUUAUCACUACUGCGCUCAUCUCAUCCUGCUACUUCUACCACUUCACCCGCGUCGGCAAUCUGAUUCUAGUUGUCAUGGAUGUUGUCGACCUGUUCCUUCCGGUUGCCAAAUGUCUAAAGUACGCUGGGUACACCACCAUUUGCGAUAUUAUGUUCGGCGUUUUCAUGGUUUCGUGGUUCGCUGCUCGUCACGUUUUCUACAUCAUGAUCUGCUGGUCUGUGUAUGCUCACACCCCCGAGAUGCUACACAACAAGUGCUAUGAAGGUGCCAAUGAUAACCUCAAAGGCCCGUUCCCUACGCCUGAGGGUCUCUCAUACCUUGUUGAGCCCUUCCUCAACAGUACUGGCAUAGUUUGCUACAACAACACUGUUCGAUGGGCAUUCCUCGGCCCACUUCUGAUGCUUCAAGGCAUCACUAUUGUGUGGUUCACCAUGAUCAUCCGUGUCGCUAUGAAGGUGCUUCGUGGAGACGGCGCCGAAGAUUCGCGCAGCGACGAUGAAGAAGAGGGCGAAGAGACCGAAGAACAAGAGGAAUACAUCUAUGCCGAAGCUCUCGAGGAGGAGGUUGGCGCAGACGAGAUCGACUUCAAGGGCUGGGAGCGCCGAACCGGAGUGAAGCGACAGGGUAACAGCUCUGGAGUCAGUCUCCCCGGACACAGUGAUCGCAAAGAGCUCCUUGGCCGUAUCGGUUGUGAGAAGCAGGUUGAUUAACACCUUGAAACGGCUGGCUUGUUUAUCGUCUCCUUUUCCGCUUGAGUUCUUUCAUUAUCCAUUUCCUUUUCGUUUGCUUUUGCACCUCUUUCGGCGUUAGGAUAGUUUUGGCUUUGUUUGGUGAUUGUUUAUGACGGGAUAUGUCUCUUAUGACGGCUUAUUGCCUUGCCAGUUUUACAAAAAGAGAAUUGGGAUAAGUUGAGGCGAGGGGAUUCAUGAAAUGGAAUGUCUACACUUGGUCAAGCUUUUUUCUUUGUGCUUUUACGGCCGAUUCAUUGUUGUUGCUUGCUCGAUUCCUAGAGGCGUUGAUUUUGCAUUCAUAAAUGGGCGAUGAAGGGAUAGCGAUAGACCUUUUGGACGCAUUGGAUGGAUGGCGAAUGUGGUUUGGGAGCCUGGCGCUCCAUCCUCGGUGGUACCUUUUGGUACACAUCCCCCAAAUGAUAUGAUACAGAGCAUGGCAUAGAAUAUUAUUUGUUUUCUCGCCAAUUAAGAUCUAGAUUUGACAGUGACAUGAAUGCAGUUUCGGCGCGAAGCAAACAACGUAAGCUGGCUAUGAUAUACACAUACAAGGAAAAAUAACGACAAGCUGCCAAACGGCUGCCAUCUCCGCCGUCUUUAGUUGAACCCAUCCACUAAGUAUCCUUCUCGAGAAGCUCCUUGGCAAUAUCUCGGAGUUUAAACUUUUGGAUCUUACCACUUCCUGUCUUGGGAUACUCCGUCACCCAAAACACAUACUUCGGAACAAGAUGGCUAGAGAGCUUCUCGCGCACCCAGGACCGCACAUCGUCCUUUGUUAUAUGCUGUGUGCCUGGUGUUUGUCCAUCGCCCUCAAAAGUCCAUCCCUUGCUCGGAAUAAUAAAUGCAGCAACAACUUCGCCUAGCUUCUCGUCUGGAACACCAGCCACGCUCACUUCCAUGACGCCAGGAUGCUGGAAGAGGCAGUUCUCAAUCUCAAGAGGGUGGAUAUUCUCGCCUCCUCGAAUAAUUAGAUCCUUGAUACGGCCAGUAAUCUUGACAAAUCCUUCCUCAUCCAUCUCAGCUUCGUCACCAGAGUAAAGCCAGACUCGGCCAUCAGCCUCUUUAACUCUGACUUCUGCCGUUCGAUCUGGGUCGUUGUAAUAGCCCUCCAUAACCAGAUAUCCAGCUGUGGCAAGCUCUCCCUUUGUAUUAUAUGGCAAUAUCUCGGAGCGAUCGAGGGGGUUGACAAUCUUAAUGGUCGUGUGAGGCAUUGGCGUGCCCACCGUGGAGGUACGCUUUUUGAAGGGGUCGGAUGCAAUGGUCAUGCAAUUGACAGGGCUCGUCUCCGUCAUGCCGUAGCAUAUAACAAAAUCUUCCAUUCCUAUUUUCUGGAACACUUUUUCUGCAAGGGCUUCCGGGACGCUGCUGCCAGAAAUAAUACCUUUUCGUAGAGUAGGUGGUGCGCUGGCAAUGGCUCCGUUGUCCAACGCAUCCAUAAUGGCAAUAAUCAUAGUUGCAACGCCGUAUAGUCCAGUAGCUGAGUGGUCUGCACACAUUUUAAUAGAAGCGGCAGGGUCAAACGCAGGACUGGGGAAGAGGAUAGCUGCGCCAGUGGUUGCGGUUGCCAUGUAGCCGAGGAUCGAGCCAAAGCAGUGGAAGAGUGGCGGCGGGACAACGAUUCGGUCAUUGUUGUCCAAGCCCAGCCGGUGUGCAAUUAAAAUUCCAUUAUUUAAUAUGCCAGCAUGUGUAAGUUGGGCUGCUUUGGGCGUGGAAGUAGUGCCUGACGUAAACUGAAUGUUGAUGAUAUCAGAUGGUUCGAGAGGUUGAUCAGGUUUGAUAGCAUCAUCUGUCCCUUCGAGAAGUGUUCUAUACGGUGUGAGGACUCUUCGACAGUUAUCAAGUUUGAAAUCAAUACCAGGAUGGCUGACGCGGUUAUCAACAACAAUGACCCGUUUCAGUGACGAGACACUGGGGCUGUCCACCUUGCUUCCUUCAAUAUCACCGACAACUUGACGCAGUAGAUCCUCAUUGCUUCGUCCAUUUCCAGGCUUAUAUGAUAUAUCCGUCACCGCACCAAUGAUGAGCGUCUCUGCUUGAAGAUGCUUGAGAGCAGAUUCAACUUGGAGAGCGUUGAAGGUGGGGUUCAAAGGGACCAGGAUGGCACCCAGUUUGAAGACGGCGUACGUUAGGGCGGCAAACUCUGGCCCAUUACCAAGAGAAAUUGCAACCUUUUGUCCCUUUCGGACACCUAGUGAUGCCAAUGUUGAAGCAAUUCUAUUCGAAAGCAGGUCGAGCUCAUAGUAGGUAAAUGCCGUUUCUAUACAUGUGGGGGUGGGUGAGCGGGUAAUCACCGCCGGUCUGUCACCGUUUUUUGAUACGACCGACGCAAAAUGUUCAGGAAUCGUCCCUGUAUAUAGAGCAGGCUAAAGAACAGGUUAGUCAAUACCAGUACUUCCAACAUGUAGAGCUCAACUGAAGUUGUCCGUCGCUUGCAUAGUAGCACACCAACGAGAGAGCUGUUUCUUACCUCAUUCGGUCCUUGUCUGAAGCUGAGAUUUUGCGUAGCCAGUCCCCGAGCAUGAACAGCUCUCAGUCCCUUGUUAGGCGUGCAUUGUCUGCACGCCGUUCUGAGGAGCGAUCGUUUGGCGGCAGAGAGCAUGGCGGUCCCUACUAACAGACGACACCCGCAAUUGUGGAUUUGAGGGCAGUCUUAUUAAAGUAGAGGAGCUUCGGAAUAGCAACUAGAGCUUCAGAAAUGAUAAAUCCGACAAAUAAAGUGCUGUGUACAAUGUCAGGCUCGUUUGACGGACCUCUGGCAGAGCUUCCUUGAUUCCGACGAUGCCAAGAUGUGGUGACGUUAUCUGGUCGGAAGCUGCCGAGAUAAUUCAAAUAAGACGAAUGGGCAGCUAGAGUCAAUCACGUUUUGGGAGAAAACAUGCACGCUCUAAACACUGGAGCAGGUGGACGAGGGAGCUCCGAAGCGGAAGAAGCUGAAGAGGGGAAAGGGGAGAAGAGGAGGGAAAGAAGCGUGACAAGGACGGGAAGAGAC